AUGUCACAACGAGUUGUCUUGGUCACUGGUGCAGCUGGCGGUAUCGGCAAAUGCGUAGCCGAACUUAUUGAUAAAAAGAAAUACAAACUCCGUUUAAUGAUAAGAUCAAAGACGAACAAGAAACAAACCGACGCGAUUGGUUCGUUCGGUGAAAUUGUCGAAGGUACUUUGGACAAUUUCGAAGGGUUGAAACAAGUAUUUGCAGGCGUUGAUACGAUUAUUCAUCUGGCUGGUGUGCCCGAUGCAAACGCGACAUGGGAGUCAUUGCGUGCCGCAAACAUUGACGGGGCCUACAAUGUGUUUGUGGCAGCCAGAGCAGCUGGUGUUAAACGCGUCGUUUUCGCCAGCUCGAUUCACGCGAUUUCGGGCAGUCCGCGUGAUUUCCAAGCAAAAACGAACGAGCCGGUGAACCCUGGAGAUCUUUAUGGUGUGACCAAAUGUUUCGGCGAAGCACUGGCUCGGUACAUGGCCGAACAAGAGGGCCUGUCGGCGAUCGCCGUUCGAAUCGGAGCAUUUCAGCCGCACGCAAGUGCAAGAAAGGAAGAUGGUGGCCUGUGGAUGAUGGACGCGUGGCUGUCUCAGCGGGACUGCGUGCACCUGUUCGAAUGCUGCAUCGACGCUCCUGCCGAUCUCAAGUUUGCCAUUGUUCACGGUCUGUCGAAAAACACCUUUCAACGAAUGGACAUAACGAGCACAUGUCAUCUUCUCGGGUAUAAACCACAGGAUAAUUUUACCAGCGAAUAUCCCUCUUUGAAACCGUACAAUCUGGAGGAGAAGAUAGUUGCACACAACGUCUGGUAAGUCAUUCUUAUCAUCCUUUUCUGUUUUACCUUUCAUGUAUGUGUGUUUAGGGAUCCCGAGCAAAAAUCUGGCUUGCGAGACCAACUCCCAACUAUGGAAAGGGAUGGCAAAAAGAAAUGAACACACACACGGAUAGCUUCUGAACACAUAUUUUCUCAUUCUAACUCUAUAAUUACUAAUCACUCAAACAACUGCACUGUCUUAUUUAAAAAUACAAGAAUAGUUUUGAUUUGAAUAAAGAUCAAAGGCAUAUUUUUCAUACCAUUUGUCUGAGAAUGGAUCGCGCUUAACCAUGUAGUUUAAUGUAGUUUUAUUAAAGAAAGGAUCAUUUCGAUUUCUAGUCGAUAUUGAUGAUGUAAUGAGUGCAACUAAAAUUUCAUUGGAAUUAAACUUUUUCGAACACUAUAUAGCUUGACUAUGUUUUGCAGAAUAUCGAGGAGGGCAUACAAUUCUAUAAUUUUCUUUAUCUUACAAUCCUCUAAUGGGAG